CUUUUUAAAAGUACCCUUCUGUAAUAUGUUGUGCAAUAAUCAGCUCGCUGCUUACACGUUACGAGAAGGUGAGCGCCAACUGAAAGUCUGCUUCGUUUCAAAAUUCGAGUUUGUACCACAAGAUUCGACGGUUCGCGGAGAACUAUGUGAUUGACGAAGAGCGGGCAAUAAACACAUCGAGUCGAGCCCAACGCUUUAUGUAUUCCCGUCACUUUUGUUGCCAGAGUAGGAUUGAAAGAGAGCGAAGGGGGUUGCUGGUGGCCUCGGAGCUUUCGGCUUAAGCAAAGAACUUGACAUCUGGAGUCUCUGGCCUCCCUCAUAUCCAUCUCUUGCCUUGCAUUCGGCCAUGAGUUCCAUGAAGUUUUGCCCCGAGUGCAAUAACAUUCUUUAUCCCAGAGAGGAUAUUGAGAGGAAGACACUGCUUUAUGCCUGUCGAAACUGUGAACAUGAGGAGAAAGCAACUCACAACUGCGUCUAUAGACAAGUAUAUUCCCACGGUACUAUGGAGCGCUCACAGUAUCUCCAGGAGGUUGCUUCCGAUCCGACUCUUCCUCGGACGAAGUCAGUGCGCUGCCCCAGUUGCGACCAUGGGGAGGCCGUAUUUUUUCAGUUAAAUUCAAACUCAAGAAAUGAUGGCAUGACCUUGUACUUCGUGUGUUGCAACCCGAAUUGUGGGCACAAAUGGCGAGAUGACCACUGAAGCAUACGCUCCAUCAGUCCCAACUUGAGAGCCGAAGAAGCGGUUAAUUCCAGUCUUCCUAUCGGACUGAUGCAGCUUGCUUCUAAACUUGUGAAAUUGUUGAUCGCGAGAGCGAAUGUUGACAUCGAAGCUAUCAAGAGACAGUAUCAUGCUUUCAUCAGAUGAUUAUACGAAAAAGUUACAAACACUUUGGGAAUAUAAAGUCCACUAGUUUCUGAUAAUCCAUUAGGAUUUUCUUAGAUGCCUUGUUUUCUUAGAUGUCUUCAUGGCACGGUGCAUCGACCAUCAAUACAUGGGCUAGAAACUGUUAUGCACUUUUGAUAAGCUAAACAUGUAUUUCGUAGUGUUGUAGGUCACUGCGAAUUUUUUCGAUGACGGUCUUAGAUGGCACCAAACCCAAAGAACUCGCCACACAUGAGCGGAAUAUCUUUCUUGACUCAGCCACUUGAUGUAAGGUACUCGAAUAUCCUUCUUGAUCUUAAUUUGUUUAUUUUAUUCCUCC